AAAAUAUAAAAAAAAAUUAAAACGAUUCCAAGUUGAUAAAGCCAAAGUAAUCCAGCCCUACUGCCCUAGCUUCACUGGUCAUCGUCCAAGGCCUUCGCUCUCUAUUUCGUUCUCGCCGCUCAGGAGAUUGAUUUAAGUUAACUUUCUUUUGGAUGGCAACAAGGUCGGAUGUAUAUGAUGAUGACGAUUUUAGUGAAAUUUACAAGGAAUACACUGGUCCUCCGGGAUCUAAUGUUAACAAUACACAAGAUGGAUCAAAAGAAAAUAAACGAUCCCAUGCAGGCUCUGAUGAGGAAGAGGAAACUCGGGACCCAAAUGCUGUGCCGACUGACUUCACAAGCCGAGAAGCUAAGGUUUGGGAAGCUAAAUCGAAAGCUACAGAGCGGAAUUGGAAGAAAAGAAAAGAAGAAGAAAUGAUUUGUAAAAUAUGUGGAGAAUCAGGUCAUUUUACUCAGGGAUGCCCUUCCACCCUUGGUGCAAAUCGCAAGUCUCAAGAUUUCUUUGAAAGGGUUCCUGCAAGAGAAAGGCAUGUAAAAGCCUUGUUCACUGAGAAAGUGAUACAGAGGAUCGAAAAGGAUAUUGGAUGCAAAAUAAAAAUGGAGGAGAAAUUUAUAAUUGUUAGUGGCAAGGAUAGGUUAAUUCUGGCAAAAGGUGUUGAUGCUGUGCACAAGGUCAUUAAAGGGGAGGGUGAUCAAAAGGGCUCUACCAGUUCCCACAGGAGUAGAUCUAGGUCGCCUGAGCGAAGUCCUGUUGGCUCACGAUUACGGCGCUCUGAAUCCCAAAGGUCUUAUCCAGGUCACCCACGUGAUACGUCACAGUAUCAACAAAGGUUUGGGAGACAAGAUAAAACUGUUGAAGACCGUGUUCGCGAGGACCUGCAGAAGCUUUCUAGGGGUUCUCCGCAAGGUAGGGACAGCAUAGCUUAUGGUAAUGAUGGUGGUAGAAGUCGCUCAAGCCAUUCUAAAUCUCCUGCACGUCCCCCUUAUGCUGGCAACUCAUAUGGUUCAUAUGAUGGACACAAUUACAAUGUGGGUGGUUAUAGAAAUGAAGGGUGGGAUGCAGAGAGAAGGGGACCCGAUAUGCAAUCUGGUCGACAAUUUGAAUACCAAACCUUCCCUCAGACAUUAGAAGAACUAGAGUUGGAGUAUAAGAGGGAGGCAAUGGAGCUUGGUAGAAUCCGUGACAAGGAAGAGGAGGAAGAGAAUUAUAAGCAUCGCGAGACUAUUAGGGAGAUGAGAGAAAAUUACAUGAAGAAACUGGCUAUACUGAGGGGCACACAUACAAGACAGUGGGAGGAAUUUCUUCAACUUGAUGCUCAGAGGCGUCAACAAGCACGACAGCAAAUGCCUGCAUCAGGUUUUAGUGGUUAUAAGCAGCAUGCAUUUUCUGACUAUGAUGGCUCGUCAGCUAAUCCUCACUAUACUGGGGCUGGUUUACCAAUGGAUUCAAGGGCCAGGUACCCAAAUCAUGUGGAAAAUUAUCCUCCAAGGCCUCAUGACAGUUACGGUGAGUUCCAGCGACAGAGGCGUGAAGAUUUUGGAAAAGCUUACAAUCGAUACUAAUUGAUGUGCUGGAACUGAUUUUGGGUCUGGAUCAUGGUCGGGUAUGAGUAAUGCACAGGGGAGGCCCAAACCUUGGUAAGUAUAGUAACCAACCUUCAGAAGGGAAUGGUCUGGUCUAAUUAUUAUGUCAUCGGUAGAAUUGAUCCCAUUUCAAAUAGUGCCAGUGGUUCAUUUCUGUUCACAACUUUGUUGUAAGUGGUUUUGAACUCCUAGAUGGAUGAUGUUUUCGUCAAUGGAUUAGUAUUUGCAGACUUCUCUAGUUUAAAUUACAUGCUCAUAAACAUACGAAUGCGGAUGCACGAGUUCAUUCUCUCCUUCCGCAUCCAACAAGUAAUGUCAAUGGUAGUGUUUUGUUUCUUUAACUCAGAAAGAAAUGUAUAACUGUGUAUACAUUAUUUUCUUGCAAAAAUAAUCAGAAGGGUUGAGCUACAUGCUUCCCUGUCGACAUUCGUGGAAUCUA